AUGGAGUGCGGAGAGGUGGUGAGAACAGGGGCUGGUUGGGGCCAGGACAGCUCAGCCCCCUCAGGCCUCACUGACAACCCCCAGGCCAGGCUGAUCGUGGUGGUGGAAGUAGAUCAAGGGAGAAGAUCGGGACCUGAGGAGACCUAUUGCCGCACACUCCUCCUGGAGGGGCCCGAGAGCAUCUGCCUGCUUCAGCGUGGGACUCAGGAACAAUGCAUCACUUUUGACAGAGUCCUGGGUUCUUACGCUGCUGAGGAGGCAGAGCAGGAGCUGCUAGCCCGAGCCCAGUCGACGCUGGGCAGGGUGGGCCAAGGGUACAGUGUGGCCCUGUUGCUUCGGGGUCGGGAAACAGAGGCGCCACGGCUCGUGCCUCAGCUGCUGCAGAUGCUGUUUGAGGAAGCUCUGCCCCUCAGGGGCUCUGAUGCUGUGCUUAGUACUCUUAGCCUGGUGCAGCUCAGCCCCAGUGGGAGGACUCAGGACCUGCUUGCUCCAGGAGCAGAGAACCUGUCGGUGCUGGAUGUGGCACCUCUGGGCUUGGUGGUGGUAAAUGCCACUGAAGUGGAAGUAUCUGACUCAAGAGCUGCCUCAGAGCUGUACUUGCAGGCUGCAGUUGGUGAAGGCAGGGCCUGCUCUCUGCUCACCAUCACCAUGUCCUGCCCAGGGCCUGACCCUUCUGAGGGGCCUGGUACCCAGAGCAUGUGGCAAGGAGCCUUGCGGAUCCUGCAGCUCCCAGGAGUCCUAGACUGUCCCCUGUUGCAGGUGUUGGCUGGUGAGGUUGUUGGUGAGGAGGUGGAGGGCUCUCUGCCCUGGAUUGUCUCAUGGCUCCUGGAAGGAAACAACUACAGUGGCCUUCUUCUUCGCCUGGACACUCAAGGCAGCUCCCAGAGCUUGCUCCAGGCUGCACUGUUGGGGGCGGCGAGAAGGAGGAUGAAGGUGAACCAGGUGAGGCCCACCCUGUGGGAUGCAGUAGAAGAGGCCCGGGCCCGCCGGGCUGGCCUGAAGAGCCUGCGUUCAGGCCUCCUUGGGGACACUCUGACAGAGAGCGGGCUCAGCCAGCUGGGCAGGGCACUGCGGGAGCUGCAGGUGGUAAAAGCCUGGAGCCAGCGCUUGGGAAGCUGGAUGCUCAAAGAGGUCAAAGCUGAGGCUGCGGGACUCCCAGAACCACGGGUGAUAGAUUCAACAGCAAGCCACAGCCCAGGCCUCCAGGAACCUCAAGUGGCAGGAAGAACAGCAUCUAUAGAAUCUGGGCUCCUCGAAAAGCAUCCUCCCAGGGGCUCUGAGGAACAGGCCCAGCAGGCCCCAGAUGUGGCCCUGCAGUUCUUCCUGGCUCAGGCCCGGAGGCAGAGACUGCGAGAACGGCAUCAAAUCUGGAUCCAAGAGGAAAUGAAGCAUUUGGAACAGGAAAAGGAGGAAGUGGCAGAUGACCAGGUCAAAGGCCUGGGGGCUAGAGAAGAGCCCUCCAAGGAGAGGCACAGAUGGCACCGGGAGCAGGCAGCACUGAGACUCCAGCUGGAGGCCCUUCAGGCAGAACGGGAUGCUGCGGAGCAGGACCUGGUAGCGCUCUAUGACCUGUACGUGCAGGCUGCCCGAGCCCGGACAUGCCACGUGCUGCAGGUAUUCCGAGCCUGGCGGGGACUGUGGGAGGAACGGGCUGUGACCACAGAGCAUCACUACCGCAGCUUGCUGGCUGGAGUCCUGCAAGACACCAUCAGCCUGGCUACACAGAACCAGGAGCUCCAAGCCCAGAACCAACAGCUUUGGCAGACUAGGCUGGAAGCAGUCAUGCUGGAUUCCAGCCUUGAGGAGAAACCUGGUAAUUAGGAAUCCUUCAGGGGCAGUUUCCUCUUAAAGACCUUAGAAGGGAGAGGAAGUUGGGACACAACAGCCAAGCUAACUUUCAUUAUGGAUUAAUAACACCACCACUAACCAGGUCUCACUGUGCCAGUCCUUGCUAAGUGCCUGAUAUCCAAUAAUUGAUUUAGCCUUUUCUACUACCCUACAUAGUAGUAGGUACCAUAUGACCCCCAUUUGAGAGAUAACGCAACUAAAGCUAGGAGAGGUUGUGUAACUGUCCAAGGACAGCCAGCCAAUAAGUGACGGAGCCAGAAUUCAAACUCAAGCCUGGCUGGCUAUAGUUCUACACUGUAGACAGUAGUGGUCCACAGGUUGCAGCGCAUAUCAGAAUCACCUAGGGAGCUUAUUGGAAAAAAAGAAAGAAAAAGAAAAGAAAAAAAAAGAAAGAAAAAGUAAAGAAAAGAAAGAAAAAAAAAAAGGAAAAAGAAAAAGAAAAAAAAAGAUUCUCAAACCCCACUUCCUAAGAUUCUGCUUCAAUAGGC